ACACUCCACUAGCUUGGCUAUAUUAUAUCCAUCCACGGCAAGGUCUUCAUCUCGCUGCCAUCAAAGAACGCCCAAUUACUCGGCAUCCACGUCUGUUGGUGACAGGUGUCGUCAUUAAGAGGAUCUAUGUCUAUCUGACUGGCCAUGGUAUUCCCCAAGUAGUGGAAACUAGGACAUGCCUUAAUAUUUAAAAUCUUGGUGGAGGUAGCUUUAUAGAUGCACAAUGAGUGAGCACUUCUGUGUCAAAGGAUUUGAUGAAGCGUAUGAGUGGAUGACCGUUGGCAGAUAAUUGUUGGGUUUUACCACUACAGGGCUUUUGGAGCCGAUUUCUAUUUUAAAUGGAUUGUAACGGAAUAACAAGUCGCCCAUGGAACCUCCAUAUCAGUACCCAGGAUUCGACGUCUGGUAACCCCGACAACCUCGAAGGCAACUGUUUGUGCUGGGCGCCAAAUUUUACAACACCGAAAAUGGCGUUGAUAGAACAAGGUGAUUCCGCUCCCCCUGAGAACUGUCAGCGGCUUGUGGUUCUUGGGUCUAGUAAAGUGGGUAAAACAUCUUUAGUGGCUAGGUUUCUGUACAACAAGUUCGACGAUAAUUACACUCCCACAAUUGAAGAUUUCCACAGGAAAGUGUACCGGAUAAAAGGUGAAGCCUACCGCUUGGAUUUAUUGGACACUUCCGGGAACCAUCCAUUUCCGGCCAUGAGGAGACUUUCCAUGAUCACAGGUGACCUGUUUGUCCUCGUAUACAGUAUCGACAACAGAGAUUCAUUCGAGGAAGUGUCAAAGUUGUGUAAACAGAUCCAAGAGUGCAAAAGCCAAUGCCGGAAAGAGACAAAACGGUUAGCUCAUGUUCCGAUGAUGAUUGUGGGAAAUAAAUGCGAUAAAGAUAAAAACAGAGUUAUUGACCCUUCGGAACCAGAAAUGCUAAGGGAAGCAUAUCAUCACUGUGGUUUUCUUGAAACAUCAGCAAAAAAGAACAUCAAUGUUGAGGAAUCGUUUCAGACAUUAUUUGAUCUCGCUAAGUUACCCGUAGAAAUGAGUCCGUCAUUACAUCGGCGUGUCCAACCCUCAUAUAUCGGCGGAAACAGUUCACAGUCGGGAAAGCGAGGGAUGUCAAUAAGGCGCAAAAUGUCAGACGCGUGUGGAACCAUUGCGCCAAAUGUGCGCCGGCCAAGUAUUCGUACGGACUUGUUAGUGGCGCAAAUGCGCACAAAUGCUGGCAGUAGUGCCCCUAAAGUACCAGCAAAUGCCAGUGACCGAAACAGGACUGAGUUAAGAUGUGUGAUCCAGUGACUAAACUCUACAAUCCAAUCAUUCAGUGAUCAAAUUAUAUAUUUUAUAUUCAUGUAUAAAUAUCUGUUGGAUGUUGGUGUCGGUUAUUUAAGCCUUGAUGUCCAAAAUUGUGAAAUUAAAUUUGUCAUAAUAUGUAUGGUCCAAUAAAAUGAUCUUUGUUUUGGUAUGAACAUAUCAAAGAUAGUCAUAAAAGGUGAAGUCAUUUUUUGAUUACCAGUUCAGUUCACUUUGAUAUAACCCAAUAUAAAAUAUCCAGCACUGAUCAGAUUUACAGAAAAAAAAGAACAAAUACUGUCAUCCUAUUAAAACGAACGUCACGUUGUCAUCUUCUCUCAGACUAACAACAGAGAUGACCUGUUGAGUUUUUCAAAUGAAGGACAUUACCACUGGUAUUUUGUAACAAAUCAUAUGUGCUGUAACCUUUUCUGUGAGAAAAGAUAUACAUAAGUACAAAAAAGUCGUAUUCAACAUGACUAGAUGGAGGACGCUUUAUCCGUAACUUUACUUGGACUUUAAAUUGACUGUACGUGAAUACUGAAAAAAAUGGUUUAUCUUUUAAUUGUGAAAUAUUACCGAUAUUGAACAAAUAUUUCAGCGAUUUUUCCAAAACGCUUGAAGAAAAUUAUUUUGCAAAAAU